AUUCUAUAUUGGAUUUGUGUACGCGCAAUAAAACACCAGAACAAAUAAAGCAGUUGAAUGCUGAUGUCGAUGAAUUCGCUCUACGAGGUUUACGCGCAUUAGCUGUUGCAAUCGAAGAUGUACCAAGUGGACAAGUCGAUGGUGAAGGAAAUGGUUUCGAAUUAGUUGGUCUGCUACCAAUUUAUGACCCACCGCGGUCAGAUACAAAAGAAACGAUUGAACGUGCUAUUGCAUUAGGUGUAAAAGUGAAAAUGAUCACUGGUGAUCAACUAGCUAUCGCUAAGGAAACUGGGCGACGACUUGGCAUGGGUGACAACAUGUACCUGUCGAAAACACUUAAAGAUGGACCACCACCUGAAUCUG